AUGAUUGGAGGACAUAAUUCAGGAUGUUCUUACACACAGGUUCUCAAUCACUUGGGUGCUGCUAAGGACAUCAAUGGUGUGUUCAAGUGGCACCCUGAGCUUGAUCCAGGUCACUAUCAUCUCAAGCUGGGCACACAGCACAAUAAUGUUGACCACAUCAAUCAUGAUAUGUGGAAGGGAGAUAUCAUAUCUGGGUGCUGUGAUCUGCCUUCAGCAUGGCAAAUGGGUCACAAUAUGUCACUGUCUAUUCUUACAGGAUCACAGAUUGAUCUGGUCAAUUUUGCAUUUAUCACUCUGUUCUCUGAUCCUGCUGUUAACAUGCUUUAUCCAUUCAGUAUGAACAAAUACCUAGGAAUCUCAGGUGAAGGCCCAGAGGAUGCCAGUAUCCCUCCUGUACUGCUUGCAUCACAAAUCAUUGAAGCAUCUGAGUUAUCCUUCCCUCUCCCAGAUCUCAAUGACGAAUCUACUGAGCUGACAUUUGAGGAGGUGCUGGCUGCACAAUCCAACUCAGAUCUACCCUCCACUUCAUUGCAUCAAGUCCAGUCUGAUCCUUCUGCCCCUCCUCUUCCAGGGGGUCCUGGAGUACAUCCUGAAGAUUAUUUGUUGUUCAAAAACCACUGGAUCCACAAACAAACCAUCUGCCGCCUCAUCAUUAAUAAAGACUUUGUAUCCAAAUCAUGCAACAGAUUGGAGCAUGUUCAUGUGGGAUACACCAAGGUUAACAAGUGA